AUGAAACUCGAUAUCGAGCGGGAAUGUGAAGUACAUGCGGAUCGUGUCAUGUGGGCUGGAUUCGCAGCCAUGGGGAUACAGACAGGCCUCUUCGCGCGACUGACAUGGUGGGAGUAUUCAUGGGAUAUCAUGGAGCCAGUCACAUACUUCGCCACCUACGCAACAGUGGUCGCCACCUUUGGUUAUUAUUUAUAUACACGACAG